AUGAACCAUGAAAUUCAGACGAUGAAGCUAGCAGUUACUUUGUUGUCAUGCAGUGUUGUUCUUGCAAAAGUGCCUCAUAAAGUUGAUGACUUGGAGGAAAUGGACGAGGAUGAACGCAAACAGUUUGAUGAUGAUAUUUUUACCUUCAAUGAAGAUGGGGAGGAGUGGGACGCCUGGGAAGAACUCAGCGAAGAUCAAAUGAAAAAUCGACUUACGAAGAUAUUCGAUCGCAUUGAUUCCAACAAAGAUGGAAAUCUCGACCGCGAUGAAGUCGUCGACCAUACUUACAAGGCGCUUUUCAACAUGGACGAACAAGAAGCAGAAGCUGAAUUCGUUGAGGCUGAUGUCGACGCGAAUUAUCAGGUAACAUGGUCGGAAUUCGUUGAGGAAUUUUAUGGGCUGUCUCCCGAUGAUGAAGCGAAUAUACUGGCGAUGGAUACUGAUACGGGAGUGGAGUUUAACCAUAUGUACUCAAGAGAUCAGGCUCGAUUCCAAGCAGCAGAUAACGACCGAGACGGGAAACUCACCCUUGUCGAAUACAAACGAUUUAAAAAUCCUCUUCAAUCGAAAGAUCUUCUCGAUUUAGCAAUUGAAUGGGCUCUCCGCAGCGCAGACAAGAACAAAGACAAAAAGAUCUCGUUCGAAGAAUACAUGAGCGACUUCCGAGAGGAUCCUGGCAGCAAUCUUGAGCAUUACGGAGAGGAGUUUACUGACCAAGAAGAACAGAGAUUUCAGGAGGAUUUGGAUCUCGACGGAGAUGGUUUCAUCGCGGGAGACGAGUUGAAAUAUUGGCUCGGUCCAGACAACAUCGCCAUCGCUAUUGAAGAGUCCGACCACAUCUUCGACUCCGUCGACAGCGACGAAGACAAUCUCAUCACCAUCCACGAGAUGCUUGAAGGAUUCCAAACCUUUAUCGACAGCGACGUCACUGAAUUUGGCGGCCAGUUGAGGCACAUCAAAGACGAGUUGUAG